ACUACCUCAGCAAAGACAGCUUUCCAUCAAAGUAGGACUAAGCUGCAUGAGUGCAAGUAGCAUUCCCUUUCUUCUCUGCUUCGGAGUGGGAACUCAUGCUGUCAACUCAAAAAAGAGCCAGACGCCAAUGGACCGGUCCAUCGCUCUAGUUCUCUUUCAUCCACCAGAAAGAACCGGGCCCGCAUCGGAGCUACGGUCCCACGGUCACGGCGCUUACUUUCAUCAUCGCGAUUCUAGGUCCGUGCAAGCGUCUCUGCCACCACAUAUGGCAUCAACGAUACCUACCCCGUCAGACCCGGGAAACCAAGUGCGCAGCCACUUCUCGAACACCUUCUUGCGCAUAUUGGGAUAGACAUCGGAAUCUCGGAAUGCCCUGAUAUCAGGUCAUCGUUAGAAUUCUCGCCUCCCUGUUCACUCCCUGCAUCCACUUGCGAUGUUUGGCCGCUCCACCUCUUGUAUACCACACGCUGUCUAUCGGACUGGUCUAGCAUUAUCUCCUUGACGAGAUCGUCGUCUAGGGCAAAUUACAAGACUCUAAAAUGUGUUCAAAGGCGAGAUGAUCAGAACAGUAGCUUGCUUGCCAUUGCCCAUGUGUUUGCUUCGAAGAUCGUCUCACUUAGGAAUCUCUUGUCAGCGCGUGG